AUGCCGCAAUCAGUUUCGUCAGUGGAUUUCUCCAAUCUGCUGAAUCCUCAGAACACAGCUAUCCCCGCCGAAGUCUCCAACACUACUGCUAGUGCUACAAUGGCGACCGGAGCCAGUUUAUUACCCCCUAUGAUGAAGGGUGCUCGCCCUGCAGCGGAGGAAGCUCGCCAGGACCUUCCUCGGCCUUACAAAUGCCCUCUCUGCGAGCGCGCCUUUCACCGUUUGGAGCAUCAGACCAGGCACAUUCGCACUCACACUGGUGAAAAGCCCCACGCCUGCCAGUUCCCCGGCUGCUCAAAGCGCUUCAGCCGCUCAGAUGAGCUUACUCGCCACUCGCGAAUUCACAACAACCCCAACUCAAGGAGAGGCAACAAGGCUCAGCACCUGGCAGCUGCCGCGGCGGCCGCUGCUGCGAGCCAGGAUGGUAGCCCGUUGGCCAACAAUGCUGGGUCGAUGAUGCCUCCUCCUAGCAAGCCGAUUACUCGAUCUGCUCCUGUUUCUCAGGUUGGAUCUCCGGAUAUUUCGCCCCCGCACUCGUUCUCCAACUUCGCCAACCACAUGCGCCCCAAUCUGAGCCCCUAUUCCCGUACCAGCGAGAGGGCAUCAUCAGGUAUGGAUAUCAAUCUUCUUGCCACCGCCGCGUCCCAGGUUGAGCGUGAUGAGAGUUUCGGAUUCCGCUCCGGCCAGCGCAGCCAUCCUAUGUACGGACCCCGUCAUAGCACGAGGGGACUGCCUUCUCUCUCAGCCUACGCUAUCUCGCACAGCAUGAGCCGCUCUCAUUCGCACGAGGACGAGGACUCUUAUGCUUCACACCGCGUUAAGCGCUCAAGGCCCAACUCUCCCAACUCGACCGCUCCUUCUUCUCCUACCUUCUCCCACGACUCCCUAUCGCCUACGCCUGACCACACGCCAUUGGCCACUCCCGCCCAUUCGCCACGACUGAAGCCCAUGUCACCGAAUGAGCUGCACUUGCCUUCCAUCCGUCACCUAUCGCUUCACCACACCCCGGCCCUUGCGCCAAUGGAGCCCCAGGCUGAGGGUCCUAAUUACUACAACCCAAACCAGGCUCACGUUGGGCCGAGUAUUAGCGAUAUCAUGUCUCGCCCUGAGGGUGCGCAGCGAAAACUUCCGAUACCCCAGGUGCCCAAAGUGGCUGUCCAGGACAUGUUAAAUCCCAGCGGUUUCACAUCGGUCUCUUCGUCCACCGCCAAUUCUGUUGCGGGUGGUGAUUUGGCUGAGCGAUUCUAG